UGGGGCGAGAAAGAAAAUAGGAGGAAGAUGUUUAGUUUAGAGAAGCUCUCUGCGGUCAGCACAUGCGCGGAUGUAGGGCAGACGCGCGCUCGUGCAUGCGCAGGUGGAAGAGUGAGGGUCAGCAGGGUAGACUAAGGGAGAAGGAAGGUGGGGUUACGUGGUAGGGAUGAGAAGGUGGAGCAGAAGAGGAGGAAAGAGCAGUGAGCAUAUUGUCGG